CAGGCCACCCGUGACGCAGUACGCCUGCGCCGCCGCCCCGCCCCGUGACGUCACGACGCCCGCGCCGCCGCCGUCGCUGCGGUCGUGCGAGUCUUCCUAGUAGACUGGGCGCUAGCUGUGGGUGUUCACAAGAAUUGUCUUCAGUCAUGGCCUUGGGUUUAAGGUGCUCCCGCUUGGUCCACCCUGCCUUUUGCAACUUCCUUGCAGCCUUGACCAGACCUGUUUCAGAAGUUACGCUGAAGACAGUGAGUGGAAGACAGAAUGACCACGGGCAAUACCUGGCCUAUCCAGCUGUACCAAUCCGUCAUUUCGCUACCAAGAAAGCCAAAGCCAAAGGGAAAGGACAGUCCCAAACCAGAAUGAAUCUUAACACUGCCUUGGUUGAGGAUAUAAUCAGCUUGGAAGAGGUGGAUGAAGAAAUGAAGUCGGUGAUAGAAGCGCUCAAGGAUAAUUUCAAUAAGACUGUCAAUAUAAGGACCUCACCAGGAUCCCUUGAUCAUAUCACUGUGGUAACUGCUGAUGGGAAACUUGCUCUAAACCAGAUUGGCCAGAUCUCCAUGAAGUCGCCACAGCUGAUUUUGGUGAAUAUGGCCAGCUUCCCAGAGUGUACAGCUGCAGCUAUCAAGGCUAUAAGAGAAAGUGGAAUGAAUCUGAACCCAGAAGUGGAAGAGACGCUAAUCCGGGUACCCAUUCCCAAAGUAACCAGGGAGCACAGGGAGAUGCUGGCGAAACUGGCUAGACAGAACACCAACAAGGCCAAAGACUCUUUACGGAAGGUUCGUACCAACGCAAUGAAUAAGCUGAAGAAAUCGAAGGAUAAGGCCUCGGAGGACACCAUUAGGCUCAUAGAGAAACAGAUUAAUCGUCUUAAACCAGACUUUGCCAUGACGUGGCCCUGCUCAAGAGCUGGAUAACUCCCCAUCGCCUGGAUAACUGAAUCACCUCCUUCGUUCCUUCAUUACGGUGGAGGCCCCUCCGACCCGUUGUCCAUAUGGUGAACUGUUCAAAAUGCAAAUCGUGCUGCUCCCCUUCACAGCUCCCUAUGCCCUCCAGACAAAAGCCCCAGAUUCUCACCCCCAGGUCUUAACUGCAAGGUUUGACUUGGACCGUCUUUCCAAUCCCACCUCACAGCAGGCUCUCCCUUCCUCUGGCUCCAGCUGGCUCUGGCUGUGACUUCUCUCAGGUGCCCACACGUGCCUGUCGCUUCAGGGACACGCCAUUCCCCCUGCCUGGGGCACUCCAGACCCUGCCCCACCUGGCUCACUCCUAUACAUCCUUUAGCUCUCAACCUAAUGUCACCGCUUCCAGACAGCCUUCCCUGACCUCCCCAGAUGGGAUUCAUACCCUCCGUUGGCAGUUCCCCACAGCCGGUCGUCUGUCCCCAGCACUGCACCAUCCCAUUUGAUUAUACCUAACAUCUUCAAUGCCUGUAUUCUGCCCAGACUGUGAGCUCCAAGUGGGCAGCGUCUGUCUUAUUCACCAGCACGGGCUUAGUGCCGGAACAAAGCCUGGCACACGCUGUGUCCUCAAUAAGUAUUUGAUGAAUGAUUGAAAAAGUAGAUUUGGCUCUUUGUAGAAAUUGAUUUAUUCAUUCAACAAAUAUUUAUUGAGCAUCUACUACAUGUCAAGCAUGGUUCUCCACACCCCACAGUGGUGAAUAAACCACCACAAAGUCCCUGCCCUCAUGGAGCUUACAGUCUACUUGGAAGAGGCAGACAUUAGAGAGAUAAAGAAGUAACACAAGGCCAGGCAUAAGUGCUGUGAAGGGGAAUAAAGCAGGGGUAAGGGAAAAGCACUCAGUGUGUAGGUUUGGUGGGAGGUUGCCAGUUUCGAUGGGGUAGUCAGGGAAUGCUGCAUGGAGGAGGUGACAUUUCAGUGAUGAGCCAGGGCUCCUGAGAAACACAGAGCCUCUGCCUCCCUUGGGCAGGCUGGGCCCUAGGUGUGUCCAGGCAUAACAGUCCCAGAUCCCCAAACCCUCCCUGCCUCCCAAGGGCAGAAGCAAAAGGAACCCAGAAGAGGACUUUGGCCAAGGUUUUGAGGCGGGUGUGGAAGCCCAGAGCUGCUCUUCACAACAGCCAUGAUUGGGCUCCUUCUGCGUGGCGAGAGGCGGCGAUUGCUUUGUGCACCAAGGACUCGGCUGAUUGUGGCCGGGCGAUUGACACCCACAGACCGCGGCCGCCAGGGUUUACCGCGCACGCCAGCCCCGCGGCGGGCCGUGCGCAACGCGGCAGCCCAAUCUCGCCUCCUAUAUUCAGAGUUGAUUAGACGCUAUUUCUGCCUGGAUUUUCAGAAGGCUCAAGAGCUUUUUUAAUCACUACAGUGGCUCAUUACGGUUUUGCAGUGACACUCAUGUCCUUCAGUUCUCUUCUCAGAUUAGAUUCUAUAGUCAGAUGAAUAUUGGAUGAUUUCAUUACAUACAAAUGCAAUCAACAGUUUUGCAUAAAUUUCUUCUCUUUUCUUGAGUUUCAAUUGACCCCAGCACCCAUGGUGGCAGGCACGAUCCACAUGCAAAUGAGCUGGGUUUGCAGCCGUGGAGAGGGGCCUGCAGGAGGCGGGCACUCACACCAGCCCGGGAGGGAGCCGGGAUGGCUCAGGUUCGGGAAAGGGGCCUGGGGGGAGGGGAUGCCACCGCGGCCAAGGCGGGGCACCCCCUUCGGAUGAUGUUCCUGCAGGUAAACUGAGGCACGGGGAUGCUCAGAGCCAGGCAAAGAAUGGAAUGUGGAGUUUCAGGCCCGGCGUCUGGGCGGGGAGGCGUGCCCUCAGGAUGCUCGGGGCGGUGUCUACUUGACAACUGGUGUGGGCAUGUUUCAAUAUUUUUACAACUGGCAGGACCUUAACAGUGCAUUCCAGCUGCAUGUUAGCUCUGACCCGACGAAGGCUGCUGCUUUAGUAGUAGUCGUCGUCGUCCUACCAUCAUCAUCGUUUCUCCUGGAGGGCUCGAGCUAUUGCCCUGCGGGCGAUCAGCAAAAGUCUACAAAAGGCACACAGGAAACUUGGGAGCCUGGGGCAGCUGCCCUUGCCUCACUUCCAUGAUUUCUCUCCUUCUCCUUUGGGUGAAGGGGCAGGAUAGUCUCAUAAUUGGGCCUGGGCAGGCUCCCAGUCUCUCCCUUAUCUGGUGACGGAAUCCUGUGGACGCGUCUGGCAGCCUGUGCUUGCUCUCCCCUGGGGCUGAGGAGCUUCCUGCCUGCAGCGAGCCUGGUCCGGCUUUCUCAGCUCCUUGCUGACCAGGUGAACCUGACCUCGUACCCUGGGCCCACAGCCCACCUCUGCUCCCUCCUCCCUCUGACCCGUGACACCCCCUGAGGUCUACAGUGCAGACUGUGCUCUGCCAAGUCACCUUUUCUAGGGCUGGGCUUCUCGACUCCUGCAGCGUCUCCUCCCAGGAGGUAGCCUCCAGCCUCCUACCAGGUCUUUCCUCCAGAUGCUCCUGUUGGCUGUCAGGGUUCAUAGUCCAGGCCUGGACUCAACACCAGGCAUGAGGCUGGAGGGUAACGUGGGGAUUAAGCUCUGUGUGUGGUCAGGGGACCCAGGGCCAACAGCUGUGCACCUCUCAGGGAGCGGGCUGGGGGUAGGGGAGAACCAGGAAGGGAACAGGAUGUUCGGGCCUGAGGGUUGUCCAGGACAGGGGUCUGUGCAUCUCAAACCUCACUUCCUUCAGGUAGGUUCUUUUUUCAAAGCUCCCGUGUACACAGACAUGUUACAGUCAGUGUAGGAUCAGGGACCCAGAGAGAGGCAUGUGGAUGCACAAGUGGCCGGGUUCCCAUCCCAUCAGGGAUGUGACCCAAGCUUCAGUCUUCAUCAUGGACACAAUGGAACCUUGAAGUGGAUAGAGCCAGAGCCACACCCGUGGGCAUGGAUGGGACACAUCUGUGCUACCACAGCCCCAGGCUCAGGCCCUUGCCUAUCACUGCCCUCCGCUCCCCAGAGUGGGGUUAGAGAGAUCCAGGAGUCUGAACAGAAGCAGGGGAGCCCUGUACUGCUCCCAUGUUGCUGGUGGGUCCACUGAGGUCCAGAGGGGGGAAGGUCAGGCAAAGAGCCACACAGCAUGAAGCCAGAGCCUCCUGACACGGUCUGAGGCUGCUUCCCGGCUCCCCCUGGCUGCUCCUGAGGACCGUUCCCUUGCCAUUCUGUCCUUCUGUGCACAGUCACGAAGGGCCCUUCUUCCCCAGCUGAAUGGAUCCACCCCUCACUGCCUGUGUGUCCGCCGUCUGCUGCUUUUCAGUCUCCCCAGGCUCUUCUUUCUGUCUGCAUCUCUGUGUGCAGUUUUUUCCCUGUCUCUCUCUGUCUUCAUCCUUGAGUCUGUCUCUAUGUCCCUUCCUCCCCUUUCUCUCUCUGCCCCCAUCCCUCUUCCCAUCUCUCUACAUCUGACUGCCGGGUCCCUUCGCCAGGCCACAUCUGCUCCUUGCUCUCAGCUGCUGUGUGACCAGAGCUGGCCUCUGUCUGGGGUUGGAAGAUCUGAGACCCUCUGGGCUGUCCCCCUUAGAUCUGUGGUCCCUGGAAGGAGGAGCCUGUGGGAGGGGGUUGGUUUCUGAACUUUUUGGGGCCUUCCUGCAGUGGCCAGCACUGGGCCAUUCAUUUUCUCUCCCAGGCAAGGACAGCAGGAAAGCAGCCAUCUCUCUUUCAUCACAGAGCUAUUCUCACGCCAGCCUAGGAGAGGGGGCUGGGAGGUGGGCGUGGCAGUGUUGAAGAGGGCUCCCAUUGAUUCCGCAGUCAGGUGGGGGUCAUCCUAUCCAGGCCCCCAACUUUCAGCUGCCGUCUCUGGUGGAAGCUCCAUGACUACCCAUCUUCCCUCCAGGUCCUCCUGGCAGAAUGUACCUGGUCCACCAACCCAGUGGAAAUCUGGUUUGCACCCACCUCGUUACCUUUUCCUGCUCACCUCUGUCUCACCCAGGCACAGAGGAGUGCUUUCCUUUGAUGGACCUGCUUUCUGACUCUGUGCCUCGGUACAUGCAAGGCAGAGAGUAAAAGGCUGGGCUCCAGAGGCUGGCAGGUCGGUGCCGAAUCCCAGCUCUGCCGCUUGCCAGCUGGGUUGUCUCGGGCAAGCGACUUAACCUCUCUGAGUCCAGUGUCUUCCUCCGUAAAAUGCAGAUAACACUCCUUCCCUUGCAAGGCUGUCUCGAGGACUGAUAAUUUAUGUGAAAGUACCUGGUCCAGAGCUGGGCACAAAGUAGACAAGUGUUAAGCAUUUGUUGUGGAAAAACGAAUGGGUAAAUAACAAAUGAAUAGUAGAAUUGAGACCUGUAUAAGUGGGGGGUGUGCGGAGGGAAUGCCAGGUGUCAGGAAUGGCACAGGCAAGGGCAUGGAGGUAAGAGGUCUUGGAGAGGGACCAGGGAGCCAUGAGUGCUCAGUACGGAUGCAAAGUCCAAAAUCCCAAAGGGAAGUGUCAGGUAGCAGGGAUGGGAACGGCCAGAGGAUAAGGAACUUGCUGAGAGUCAGUGAUGCACCAGGCAGCUAAGAGUAACUGUAGCAGCAGCCGUCAGGAGUAGAGGCCCUGCGCUGAAGCACUUACAAGCAUUAGCUCAUUUAAUCUUCACAACACCCCUGUGAAGGAGGUGCCAUUAUUAUUCCCACUUUACAGAUGAGGAAAUUGAGACCUGGAGAAGUGACUUUCCUGGGUCACACAGCUACUAAUUGUCCCUGCCAGGAUUUUUUUUUUUCAAUACUCCUCGCUAUGAACUGAACUGGGUGCCCUGAAAAUUCAUAUGUUGAAGCCCUAACUUUCUUUUUUUUUUUUAAUGUUUAUUUAUUUUCUUAUUAGUCAUCCAUUUUA